CCUUGGCCUGUCCUUGAACGUGAGAGCUGGCACGAGCACGUGAACAACACAUGAACAAUAUUGAUAAAAAUAAAAUCUGUUCUAUAUUUUGGGAUUUCUUGGAUAUUCUACACGAUUCUUGCAAGUUAUGGCUAAGUCUUUUUUCCACGACAUCGAGCCUGUCCCUACAGCCGAAACUUUCCGUAUACUGGAUCAGUUUAAUUCUGAUACGAACCCGAAUAAAGUUAAUCUGGGAAUCGGAGGUAUUGUGCAAUAGAGAAAAUACAUGUCAUACUGUACAUACAAUACGUACAAUGUACAGCUGGCAUAUUGGCACGUUUGCUUCUUGGAUUUCAUCCACUUAUGUUUUCAACUACCAUAUGCAUUUUGUUGGUAACCAGUUUAUAUGAUUAUAAAGCGUGUUUAUAUUAUCUUGGCUAGGUGGGACAAGUCAGUUGCAAGAUAUCCCACACAGCUAAAAACGAUCCGGUUGUUGCAAUAGUUGAUGAAAACAGGAUUGAACAAUGUUUUGUUGCCCACAUUGUUCACAGUUGUCAACGAUAUUGAACAAUAUUGUUACACCCGAUUCAGGCUUAACAAUAUUGUUCAAUAUUGUUGACAAGUGUGAACAACGUGGACAGCAAAACAUUGUUCAAUCCUGUUAAAUUGUUUUUACGCGUGUAGGCUGGAUCCCGGUCUUUUGCAGGGCUCUUACCUAGCCAGGACAAAAAAUCCAUAUAAACACUCCCAUCCCGCCUAGGUAACAAAGAUGAAAGUUUCUCAUGAUAAAAUUGAUGAUAAUUUAUUACAUAAUUAAUUAAUUGUUAUUGGCCACUUAAUUAUUAUAAUGGUCACUUCAACAUAUCCUAGAACAAAAUCUAACCCCACUAAGUCAUUCUAUAUGGUGCAGCUCUCUGUUAUUCGGCAGUGUGAAGUUACACAGAUUGCACUCUGGCCUCAGCUCUGUACUAGCUCUGUACUGCUUGAUCUGGUAAACAAAAGGUUACUGAUUAGGUUGCUGGUCAUGAACUAGGCCUAGCCAUUAACCAAGGCAGGUUGCAUGACAACUGAGGGAGUUAUGAGUGCAGUGGUCUGAGGAAUGGGGGAUCUUAGGGAUGAAAUUGUAGUUUUUUCAUUACUCCCUGAUGUGGACACGCAAUGUAUAUCAUUUUUAAAAUGCAUAUUUUAUCAACAUCGGUUUCACACAAUCGGAAAGUACAGAUAAUUCUACUGAUUCUGAUUGUCAACUGAUAAGGCAAAAAUCAAUUGGCCUGAUAGUGAUUAUUGGUCAAUCGCUAUAGUUUUCGAUGUUUAACAUUUUGUAAUAUCCAGUCGGGAUACAAGUCAUUCACAGUUUGGUAUCCAAAACCAAAUUUUACUAUCCUGUGCAUAUCAGGAUACCCUGGAUCUUAGAUUCUUUGCUUGUCAAAAAAUGUUUGUACACUGAAGUUGCUUAUAUGGUUAGAGGUCUUGAGAAUGAAGGUCAUGGAAUGCAGCUUUGAUUGGGUAAGGCCAAAAAAACCUGAACCCCAUGCAUCCUUUUGGCCCCUAAGGCCAGGGGUGCAUGUGUGUGCACUCAUACCCUCCACUUAACCUAGACUGUUACUAUGUGAUAUGUUUGUGUAUAUUAUCUACUGUUUAGUCUAUCGAACCAAUGAAGGCAAGCCAUGGGUUCUGCCAGUUGUAUCAAGUACAGAGACAGCACUUGCAGCAGACAAAACAUUGAAUCAUGACUAUCUAAGCAUUGAUGGAAUGAAGGAAUUUUAUACAAUUGCUUCUAAGUUAAUCCUUGGAGCUGAUAGUCCAGCUAUUGUUGAGAACAGAGUAGGUUAUAAAGACUGCAUGUGCAUAAUGUUAAUUCUCUAUUAAGCUCCUGUUUCUGAUAAGUUACCUGCCUCAAAUAUGUCCCCAUCCCAACUAAGCUCCCUCUCUAAUACCUCCUGAUUUUAGAGGUAGGUAUUUAUUAGCCCUCUUUUCCAUUUUAACCCCCCCCCCCUUCUUUCCCCUUCAUGACAAAAGAAAACAUGUGUACUAAUUUGUAAUUUACCAUAUUCAAUUAUUCAAAUUUCAAUGUGCCUGCCCUCUGUAUUAAGCUUCCCUCUCCAAUAAACACCCCUCCCCAAUAAACACUCCUCUCCAAUAAACACCCCUCUCCGAUAAACACCCCUCUCCGAUAAACACCCCUCUCCGAUAAACACCCCUCUCCGAUAAACACCCCUCUCCAAUAAACACCCCUCUCCAAUAAACACCCCUCUCCAAUAAACACCCCUCUCCAAUAAACACCCCUCUCCAAUAAACACCCCUCUCCAAUAAACACCCCUCCAUUGACAGGCUGAAAUACUCUGCAUAAUUUCUAGCUCUUGUGAUCACUUUUUAAAAUAAAUUUGUGUUGUUGAAGGUUUGUGCUGUUCAAGCGUUGUCUGGUACUGGCAGUUUACGUUUGAUACUUGAGUUUACAAAGCGGUUUUUGCCUCCAAAAGUUGUGUAUACACCCAAGCCAACAUGGGGUAAGGAAUGAUAAGUAUUACAUAAAACAGACAAACCUCUUAACAGAUAGCCUGCGAACAGGCUCUCAAGCUGAAUUGAGAGCCUGCAUCGAUGACUAAUGAAUUUGAAUAUCUGCGUCUCAAAUCGUGACACGAAAUUCUCAUUGGUCAGAUGCUAUAAUUUAUAUGUUUCCGCUGAGCUCUAUAUAUGUCAACUGCUGAAGCACUAUGCAUAAAAAACACAUUAACUGAUCAAAUUGGUCUUGGCCAUCUUAUCUCAAAGCACGAAAUGUUCUGUUUUGAGAAAACAGUAUUUAAAACAUAUUUUAAACUUUGCUUGAAUAUCUUAUAUUUCGAAAAAAAGUAUAAACUGUACGGUCUAAAUUUAGUUUGCACGGUCUAAAUUUAGUUUGCACGAAAGUUGUAAACAACACCAUAUAAGGAUAGACAUUCCAUAUUUGGAAAAACGAACGUUACGGGGCAGAUAUUCAAAUUCAUUAGUCAUUGAUGCAGGCUCUCAAUUCAGCUUGAGAGCCUGUUCGCAGGCUACUUAACAGACAUCUCUCUAAUUAGCGGACACCAACUUCUGGUAAUAAAAUAACUAUGAUUAUUAUAACCCUUAUUAUGCAGGCACGGUCCUUUAAGUGGACACAUUUUUUAGGUCCCACAGAUUAUUUUUUAACUAAUGUUCCUCUAAAGGAGUGAAGUGUUCAAUUGAAAUACACAAGUUAUGAGAUCCAAAUACACAAGUUAUGGGAGUACACAAUUAAAAUACUUGCAAGUUAUGGAAUCCAUUCUUUUUUAAGGCAACCAUGUUAAGAUUGCGAGAGAUGCUGGUUUUACUGACAGACGAGAAUAUCGUUGUUACAACAAAGAAACUCGUGGGUUGGACUUGAAUGGAAUGCUUGAGGAUUUACAGGUAUAGACAAAAUAGACUGAUAGGUACAGUAGCACAGGUCUUGUUAAAACGUCAUGCACAGUAUGAGAAUUAAACUCUGAUUAGAAAGUAUGUACUCAGAUAUCAUCAGUUCCUCGUACCCUUAUGAUACAUACGUGGCUGAAAACAAAGAAGCCUUUUUCGGUAGUACCGGAUCGUAAUAUUAGAGAAGUUCAGAUUUGACUUCCACUACUGCUACUGCUACCAAUAGGGAUCAUUAACCAAUCAGAUGCGUUUGAUAUAUCCGAUUAACCAAUCAGAUGUGUGAACUAAGCCAGUGAGAGGUAGUGGUAGCAGUAGUGGUGGAAGUCGAAUUUGAACCUCUCUAUUGGCGUACCUUCGGUACAAAGCCACGCGAAUUAUCGCACCCUGAACACUUAUGCUCAAAACUUAUUGUAUAGUAAUGUAUGUAAAUUUAUUUUCAAGAAUGCUCCAGAGGGUUCUGUGAUAAUCCUGCAUGGUUGUGGACAAAACCCAACUGGAGUGGAUCCCUCAAAUGAAGAGUGGAUAAAAAUUGCUAAUGUUAUAAAGGUAAUAUAUUUAUUUAGGGACUUUCAAACUGGAUUAGCGCUAACCCCGAGUUAAGACUUUCGUUUAGGUACAUCUUUAUGUUCAUUUAUUUCAACAUUUUUGAAAGCAAAACUUCUGUUGGCGCAGACAAAAUAUUUGGAAAAUAUCUCCAUGUUUAUAUAAAUAGGCUAUCGGGAAGAUUGCUUUGAAGAUUUUUGUUAAACCAGAAUGGAUGAUUCCAGCUGUUGGCUAAAUUUUGAUCUAGGCAAGAUGAGCAAAAUCCAUCACCACAGCUAGAAAGAGCAUGUUAAAAUUAAUAAAAUUGCAAAGUUUGGUCGCGAAAUGUUGUAAAAUGCGGAAAAUAUAGCACUGCGAAAUUUGCAAAGUUUGUAUUAAUUUGUAUUUAUACGCGCGGGAAAAUGCACCACAUUUGGGCCGAAAGUAAGGCAAACACUUUCCUCUAACUUCAUGCAUUUCGAUCAUUGUUAAAAUAAUUGACAUAUAUAUAAUUCUUUCUAUGAACGAUAAACGGAUAUAUAUAGUUUUUUCUAUGAAGGAAAAACGUCUAGUUUGUAUUUUUUGUAAUUCUAGAUUGUUGGUUUAAUUUAAUUUUAUAAAAUGAGUACUAUUUCAUUUGCAGGAGAAACAUUUAUUUCCUCUUUUGGAUUACGCGUAUCUUGGUCUUGUGUCGGGUGAUAUUGACCAAGAUGCUUUCGCUGUCAGGCAUUUUGUUUCUCAAGGGAUUGAACUGGGAGUUGCUCAAUCUUUUGCGAAGAACUUUGGUUUAUAUUGUAUGUUUUUUUAAUAUUUUUAUUUGUCUACUUUCUAUCUUUUCUCUAAGAAAUUCUUUUCCAUAAUCUGUCUCGUACCCAGUCGUGAAUGAGUACAUAUAUAGAUCAGUGGACUGAGUGGACCGAGCCUUGAUCAUUCAACCCCCAUUUUAGGGACUGGGUGCGAGUCAGUUGCAAAAUUACUUUAAAAUCAUUGAACAUGCCAACCUCGUACCCAGGCUAUUUUCUCUCACCUGCUGAUGUGAACAUGCGUCUUCUGGGUUGGGUGGUGACCUCUUUGAACUAACAAUAAACCGGCAACAAGACCUAGCUUUUGUGUUCUGUUUGCGUCCUAAACGCGAUCUAAUUCACGUUCCAUUUUCCUUAAUUCUAGUUUAGUCGUUGAGCAUUGCGCACACUCAAUGAUUUCAGUCAGCCGAUUCUGGUUUAGAAUCUGCGGAACGGUGUAAAUAAAUUGAACGGACGAAUUUUCCUUUACUGUAUAUUGUUUUAUUUGUAGCUUCCAGGAUCGGUUGUUCAUUUUUGGUCGCCAGUUCUGCAGAAUAUGUGAAUACCCUUCGAAGUCAACUCAAGGCCAUCAUCCGUCCAAUGUGGUCCAACCCCCCUGUUGAAGGUGCACGUAUUGUGACGACUGUGUUAAGCAAUCCUGCCUUACUAACCGAAUGGUAAGAGGCAAAUAAUUACAAAAGACCAUUUAGGCAGACACUAUGGCAGGGAGGAGGAGGGGUUACUGCCGCCCCCCCCCCCCCCCCAAUAAUUUCUUAAAGCCUUUGAAUGAUAUGUGAAGAACUGUGUAACAAAGCUGUAACAAUAAUUUUUUAGGAAAGAAUGUGUUUUGUCAAUGUCAAAGCGUAUCAAGUCUGCUCGGGAAAGUCUUUUCCAAAAGAUGCGUGAAUUAGGAACUCCCGGCAAUUGGGAACAUAUUAUGAAACACUGUGGCAUGUUUACGUUCACUGGACUUACACGUAUGUAGAGUUGGAUUAUUAUCAACCAGCGCUCUGAAAACUAGUUGGAGAAUCAAUGAGAAUACGCCACUAAGUAGCUAGUUAGUGGUGGUGAAGGGGAGAACAUUUUACUGGACAUUUGAAAGAUUAUAUAAGAUUAUAUUAAUAAAUGCCUUAUCGUAUUAAUGCUUAUACUGCAGGCUCUGCAGGGAACAACGAAAAAUUCGUUUCCUCUAGUGGAUUGAGAAGCGACUAUGUUUUCUUGUGAAAUUCAUAUAAUAUGAUAGGUUGCCUUGUCAAUACUUCGUGUUAAAAUCUCGCAUCUUGUAUCAAGUCUGCCAGCAAGCCAUCAACAAGUUGUGUUCACUGCGGUUGUCCCAAGUUGUCAACAAGUUUGGAACAAACUGUUAACAACUUGUAACAAACUGUUAACAACUUAUAACAAACUUGAUGGCAUAAUCAGAGUUGUUGCAAGGUUGUUCCAGUAAGUCCGAUACAGUCAUGAUAUAACGAUACUGUUACAACCUUGUGUUGUGAACCUUGUAACUUUCUUGUUAUAUCAUGACUGUAUCAAACUUGUUGGAACAACCUUAAUUGUAACAAAUCUGAUAAUGACAUCAAGCUUGUUGCGAGUUGUUAACAGCUUUUUCCAAACCUUUUUCCAAGCAGUGCGAACACAACUUGUCGACAGCUUGUGAACAGAUUUGUAUAAUAACUUGUUUGCAGACUUGUAACAACUUGUGCGUUUUAAUUUUACCUGUGUAUGUCACAAAACAUUUCAUCAUGCUAUUCUAUUUUUUGUCCACUUUUUUAUUUGAAUAAUAUUUUUUCCUUUUAUCGUCUAUUCUAUUGUAGCAAGACAAGUGAAGUAUUUGCUGGAGAAGUAUCACAUAUACACGUUGGGAAAUGGCCGUAUCAAUAUGUGUAUUAUUAACCCAAGUAAUGUUGAAUAUGUUGCAAAGGGAAUUGAUGAUGCUGUCCGCAAUGUUACUGAGUAAACUAUAUUAGUUAGGACACACUAUAUAUAAAGUUAUAAUCAAUAAAUAGAUAGAAACCUUAUUCCAAGGGCCAUAUAUAUACUUGAAAAGAUUGGUAAAUAUUUAAUUUGAUGUCAUCAUGUCUAGAAAUGCAUUUUAAUGUUCUCAAAACACUGAUAUUUCUCUUUUUAUUUGGAAGAGAAGUUUUUUUCCAUGUUUAGACAUUUUGCAGAAUUACUGGUGUGUAUACCCAUUAUAAUCAUACUCACUUUGCCUUGAUAUUUUAAGUUUUGAUUACAGUAAUUCUAUUUAACAUGAAUUUGCAAGUUCAUACGAGUUUAUUUUAUAAUGAAGUAAGAACAAUAAAAUUGAUAGUACGAAACUAGUUUUUCCUAUCUCUCUGAGGAUGGUUCUGAAAUUGAUUUUUCAAGUCUGUUGCUUUUUGCAAAUGGGAGACCUGGGAAAAAGGUGAUCGCGAUCCUGCGGAUCAUUUGUUCUUGUGUACGGAAC